AUGACAGCACCAGACGGUGUAGAAACUCCAGCAGCAGCAGCAGCAUCUGCUGCUGCUGCUGCAAGUGCUACUAACGUAGCGCCUGCUGCUGCUGCAGCAACACCCUCACCAGAAGCAACAGCAGCAGCAGCAACGGCGCCGAAGCCUGUUUCAAGUGAGCCAGCGGCUGACCGCCCUAUGCGGGAGAGCAACAGCAGCAGCAGCAGCAGCAGCCCCCCCAGCAGCAGCGGCAGCAGCUCCACAGGGAAGAGCAGCAGCAGCAGCAGCAAAGGGCCAGAGAACAGCGGUAGCAAUGUCGCAGAGACAGGCAGCAGUGGUAGCAGCAGCAGCAGCAGCCCCGAUAACGCCGGCAGUAGCAGCGGCAGCGGCACCACGAGCAGCACCAAACCCACCGACAGCAGCAGCAGCAGCAGCAGCAGCAAACCAGAAGCAGCAGCUAACGCUCAGGCCCCUCCUAAACGAGAGCCCCUAAAUGCGCUUGGGGGUCCCCCCAAGAGGCUGCAGACAGAAAUCCGUGCUGCUUCAAGCCGGCCCGAAUACAGCAGCAGCAGCAGCAACAGCAGCAGCAGCAGCAGCAGCAGCAGAGAUGGAUUUAGAGAUAGAUACGGUGACACAAGCCAGAGGUAUGGAAGCAACAGAGACAGGGACACCCCCAGAUACAGAGAAACCAGCAGCAGCAGCAGCAGCAGCAGCAGCAAGGACUAUGGUGGAUGGAGCAGCAGAGGGCACUCAGACAGCAUGAGACACGGUAACAGCAGUAACAGCAGCAGCAGUAACAGCAGCAGCAGCAGCAAUAGCAGCAGCAGCAGCAGGAGCGAUGCUGCGCAGAAAGAAAAGCCGCCAUCAGAACCCUCUACCACAUCUGCCUCCGGUAGCAGCAGCAGCAGCAAGAGCAACAUUAGCAGCAGCAGCAGCAACAGCAGCAGCAGCAACAACAGCAGCAGCAACAACAGCAGCAGCAGCGCCACUGCCGGCGAGCAGAACAGCGGCUUGAAAAGUACCGGCAGCAAAGACAGCCACAGCAGCAGCAGCAACAACAGCAGCAGCAGCAACAGCAGCAGCAGCAGCAGCAACAACAGCAGCAGCAGCAGCAGCAGCACCGCCAAGGUGCCGGGGAAGCUGUCUUCCUUUUUGCUGCUUGCAGAGCAGCAGCAGCGGCGAGAAGUAUAUUCAUUAGAGGAGGUAGAGAGAAAGAAGAGAGAAGCAGCAGAACCGAAGAGAAUAACCUUUGUUUCUAAGAAGCAGCGCGAGGCUCGGCAGCAGCAGCAGCAGCAGGAAGAAGCAGAGAUUGCAAAGAAAAAAGAGAGGGAGAUGAUAAACAAAAGGAGACUCUUCCUGCAGAGAGAGGAGAUUGAGCGAGAAAGAGAGCGGCGAGAAAGACAGAAGAGGAGGGACAUGGAGAGAGUCAAAGAAGAACAAGAAAAGAAGCUGCGGGAGGAGCAGCUGCGGCAGCAGCGGGAGCAAGAGAAACAGCAGCAGAAGCCGAAGGAAGCCAGCCUUCUUGCAGAUCUUAAGCUGCUCAACCUCCCUGAGCAAGAACUCCGCGCGAAGCAACAGGCAAGAGGGUUUAGGGAGAAGGAGCUGGAGCAGAUUCGCAUGCAUUACCUGGGUAUGAAGAAAGAGAAGAAGAAGAUUCAAAAGCCCUCAGAAAAAUUCAGGAACAUCUUCAACUUUGAGUGGGAUGCGAGUGAAGAUACGAUGAGAGGAGACAACAAUCCGCUCUAUCAAAACAGACUCGAGCCGCAGCUACUCUUCGGCAGAGGGUUUAGAGCUGGGAUGGACAUUCGCGAGCAGCGCAAAGCGAACAACUUCUACGAUGAACUCGUCAAGCGACGCCAAGAGUACGAGUUGAAGCAGCGGCAGCGCGGCGCUGAGGAAGCAGCAGCAGCAGCUGCGACUGCAGCAGCAGAAGCAGCCCGAGCCAGUGACAAGAAGAAGGUUAAGGAUAUGGAGGAGGAGCCUGAGUUGGAGGGGCAUUGGUCGACGAAGAAGAGAGAAGAAAUGACAGACAGAGACUGGCGAAUAUUCAGAGAAGACUUUGAAAUUUAUCUUAAGGGCGGCCGCGUCCCUCCGCCGAUUCGAACUUGGGCAGAAGCUGAACUACCUUGGGAACUUAUCGAAGCUGUUAAACAGGCGAACUAUGAGCGGCCGACGCCAAUUCAAAUGCAGGCUAUCCCAAUUGCACUCGAGAUGAGAGACCUAAUAGGCAUUGCAGAGACAGGAUCAGGAAAGACAGCUGCGUUCGUGCUGCCUCUGCUGACAUACGUGAAGCAGCUUCCACCGCUAACCGAAGAGACAUCUCAAGAUGGGCCCUAUGCUCUUAUUCUUGCACCCUCCAGGACGCGAAGCCUUUGA